AAUCUUGAGAAAAACUUUGUUCCGAAUCUUGACCCCUUCACGAAGGGUUUCGAAAACGGCACUGCAUUUCAACUUGCAUCUCUAGCAGAGUCUGUGGCUAUGGAGGAAGAUUCUGAGAAACAAUCGAUUAAAAGAGAGAGUAGUCUUGAACCUGACUCUAGUCCUUCUAGUCCUAAAAUAACUGCUAGGUGGAAUCCAUCAGAAGCUUGCAGGCCGUCGGUUGAUGACGCUCCCAUAUUUUAUCCUACUAAUGAGGAUUUUGAUGAUCCACUUGGUUACAUAGACAAGUUGCGUAGUAAAGCAGAAUCAUAUGGCAUAUGUCGAAUUGUGCCGCCUGUUGCAUGGAGGCCCCCCUGUCCUCUGAAGGAGAAAAAAAUAUGGGAGAAUUCUAAAUUUCCCACCCGGAUUCAGCUGAUUGACUUGCUUCAAAACAGAGAACCGAUUAAAAAAUCUACCAAAACCAAGAAGAGAAAACGGAGAAGAAUCUCUAAAAUUGGAUACACAAGAAGAAGAAGAGAUUCAGGCUGUGAUACUGCUUCCUCUAGUGAUAGUGAAGGAAAAUUUGGUUUUCAGAGUGGGCCAGAUUUUACCCUGGAAGAAUUUCAGAAGUAUGAUGAAUACUUUAAGGAAUGCUAUUUUCAGGCAGAGGAUCAUCCUGGUUCCAGAGCGUCUGAAAAUAAGAAAUUUAAACCUAAGGUUAAGGACAUCGAAGGUGAAUAUUGGCGGAUAGUGGAGCAAGCAACUGAUGAAGUAGAGGUGUACUAUGGUGCUGACUUGGAAACAAAGAAAUUUGGAAGUGGUUUCCCAAAGUAUACACCGGGGUAUCCUACAGAUCAAUACUCUGAAUGUGGUUGGAACCUAAAUAAUUUGUCCCGUCUUCCCGGAUCAGUUCUAGCUUUUGAGAGCUGCGAUAUCUCAGGAGUCAUUGUGCCAUGGCUUUAUGUUGGAAUGUGCUUUUCAACUUUUUGUUGGCAUGUUGAAGAUCAUCACCUUUAUUCCUUGAACUACUUACACACGGGUGAUCCAAAAGUUUGGUAUGGGAUCCCUGGAAACCAUGCCGCGUCUUUUGAAGAUGUAAUGAAAAAGCGUCUUCCAGAUUUGUUUGAAGAACAGCCUGACUUGCUACAUCAACUGUUAUCUCCAAGAAUCUUAAAAGAGGAGGGAGUACCUGUCUAUCGAGCUGUCCAGCGUAGUGGAGAAUUCAUUCUAACCUUCCCUAAGGCCUAUCAUUCUGGGUUUAAUUGUGGUUUCAACUGUGCGGAAGCAGUAAAUGUUGCACCAGUUGAUUGGCUGGUUCAUGGACAGAAUGCAGUGGAAGGCUACAGCAAGCAGCGGCGAAAGAGUUCAUUGUCACAUGACAAGCUGCUUCUUGGAGCAGCUAUGGAAGCUACUUAUUGCCUCUGGGAGCUUUCACUUUCAAAGAAGAAGAAUCCUGUGAUUGCGAGAUGGAAAAGGGUUUGUAGUGAGGAUGGAUUGCUUACAAAGGCAGUCAAGAAGCGGGUGCAGAUGGAAGAAGAAAGACUAAACCACCUUCAAGAUGGUUUUAGCUUGCGAAAGAUGGAGGGUGAUUUUGACAUUAAGAGAGAACGGGAGUGCUUCUUGUGCUUCUAUGAUUUGCAUAUGUCUGCUUCAAGCUGCAAGUGUUCCCCCAACCGGUUUGCAUGUCUUACCCACGCUAAGGAUCUGUGUUCAUGUGAAAGUAAGGAGAGAUUUAUCCUAAUUCGCCACACCUUGGAUGAGUUAUGGGCACUGGUCAGAGCUCUAGAAGGGGAUCUUGAUGCCAUAGACCUAUGGGCAAGUAAAUGUCGUGACCAGUAUCCUUCACAGCAUCCGAGAGCAAGAGAAUAUUCUUACCUCAAGACUACCUCAUGUUUAAAGAGCCGUGGUUCAUCAAAAGUACAGCAGCGAGAACAAAACAAUCUUCAGUUAGUGUCUGAACGCUUACAAAGUGAUCUAACUACAAACAAGGAAGUUCAGUUGAAACAAGAUGGUGAUCAAGAUGUAAAUCACCAUGGUCAUGAAAGCGAAAGAAAUCAUGUACAUGGCAUCACUGAUAAGUCAGCUGUCACGGAUGUAAAACUUGGUGAGGGAGUUAAGUUUGAUGAGAAGAAGAUUUCGGUUGAAUCUCAAAACCCAGAUUCAGUUUCAGAUGUAGGGUGUAGCGAGCUGGCGAAGAAAGUAGAGAGGAAGGACCAAGACGCUUCAACCAAUAGGUUAAGUCUCUCUGUUGAGCUUUUGAACUCUGGAUCUCUCGUUGUUAAAAAGCUGUGGUGCAGUAAACAAGCCAUAUACCCAAAAGGGUUCAAGAGCCGUGUUAAGUUUUUAAGCGUGCUUGACCCAACAAAACUAACCAACUACAUCUCAGAGGUUCUGGAUGCAGGGCUUCUUGGUCCACUAUUCAGGGUCUCAGUUGAAGAUUACCCCACUGAGAAUUUCUCAAAUGUAUCUGCUGAGAAGUGCUGGCAAAUGGUGACACAAAGGCUCAAACUCGAAAUCAUCAAGAAAUGUGAUCAACCAGUUAGCUCUUUGACCUCUUUACAACCUUUGGAGAGUAUAAAUGGGCUUGAAAUGUUUGGAUUUCUCUCCCCGCACGUAAUUAAGGUGGUCGAGGCUCUUGAUCCAAAGCAUCAAUUGGAGGAGUACUGGAACCAAAAAGCAGUUAAACUGUUUGGUGCUGAACCACCAAAGGAAGGAGAAAAGGAUGACACAGAGAAAGGAGGGGCUUCAGAUCCCUCUUUGGACAGGGACACAAGGCUUCUGCGUGGACUGUUGAAGAAGGCGACACCUGAAGAAUUAGUAAUGAUGCAUGGACUUCUGUGCGGUGAGACACGCAACACCGAGCUCAAGGAAGAGCUCUCUACUUUGGUAGAUAAGAUGGAGAAAAGUCCUUAAUGAUGAGCAAGCAGACACACACACUAACACCCUUUGAAGUUGAUUGUGUUUGUUGUUCCUUUGGUAUGUGUUCAGGUCAGUUAAUCUGUAUCAGUCAGAGAAAUCUAGAGAGGCAAUACAAAAAGUAUGACAAAAGGGUUACUUCGUUGACAUGUCUUUCCUUUUUACUAAAAAAAGGUUUAGGAUUUAAUGAAUGAUUGUACUGUAU